CAAACAGUUCUAACAGAACACAGCUUAAAAAGGAAAAAAAAGCUAAAGACAGCUUGAUAACUAAUAAAAGAAAACUUUUAUUCCUUAUUCCUAAAUACUUUACAAAACUCUAAUUCAAAAAUUAUGUCGAAAUCUGAUGAUUGUGGCUCUCCUUCUGCAUCUGCAGUAGAUGGCCCUAGUGGUGCCGCAGCAGCGGGAAUUAUGCCUAUGGAUGUAGUUAUUUCCUUUGAUACUACUGGAUCCAUGUCUAGUUACUUGGCUGAAGUCAGGGCCAAAAUGUCAGAAAUCAUUGAACGUCUAUUCACUGACCUCCCAACUUUGAGAAUCGGUGUCAUCGCCCAUGGUGACUACUGUGACAAAAGAACUUACAUCACCAAGCAUCACGAACUAUCGAAUAAUGUAGCUGAUUUAGUGGAUUUCGUCAACAAAGUUGGAACUACUGGUGGUGGUGAUUGGGAAGAGUGCUAUGAAUUAGUCCUCCACGAAGCCAGAACAAAAGUUAAUUGGGUUAAAGGGGAAGCCGACAGAGCUUUGAUUAUGAUCGGAGACGCAAUUCCCCAUGAGCCAAAUUAUAGCUUGAACACAAAGAAACUAAAUUGGCGUAAAGAAACAUUAAGUUUGUACGAGGACUUGGGCGUUAAGAUUUAUGGUAUUCAAUGUGGUACAAACCCCAAAGCAAAGCCAUUUUAUGAGAAAAUUGCAAAGGCUACAGGUGGAAAGCAUUUAGAUUUGAACAACUUGGGCUCAAUUGUUGACAUGUUGAUGGCUAUUUGCUAUAGAGAAAGAGGAGCUGAAAUGUAUGAUGCUUUCGAACUUGAAGUUCGUGAAAGGGAAGGUGCCGCUCUUAAAGCUGAUUUAGACAAAAUGUUCAAAGAUCUUCGUGAUGAUGAUGUUGAAGCGGAUGCUGCUGUAAUGGGAGAUGUAACCAGUGAUGGAACUCCUACAAAGCCAUCCAUGUUUAGAAAGGCUUCUUCGUCAAAAUUGGCAAAAACUGAUUGCUUAAAAAAGGUCAAACCAAAAUCAGUAAGAAGAACUGUAAGAAAAGCUGGAGCUGCAAAAGUUGGUGCAGCUAAACCAUCUGCUGCUAAACUUAGAUCAAAAAGGAAGUUAAUUUUUGAAUCGGAUAGCCAUUCCGAUUCUGAUUCUGAAUCUAAAUCAGAAUCUGAAGAUGAAGUAGUCGUCAAGAAAGCUAAGAAAUCUGAUGAUAAAAAAGCUGAUAAGAAAGUUAAGAAAUCCGAGGCUAAAAAAGACAAAAAUGUUCGUCUAAAUCGAGAGGAUUUGAAAACAGAUAAAUUCUCAACAGAAGACGGACUAGCUUUUGGAAAUUGGCGAUUAGCUAUGGCACCAAAACGAAGUGUUAAAAAAUUUGCAAAGUACAGUUGGUCCCUUAUUGGAAAAACGACUUUGGCUCGAAACCAACUUUGGACAAAUUGCAAAGCCAGGGCUCUCUAUGAAAUUGCUAUCCAACUUCCAAAUAAGAGAAAGAUGGGAGUUGCUUGUCUAUGCUCCAAAUGGACAAACCCAAAACUUUGGAAGAAUAACUUGAUAAAGAAAACAAGUGGAUUUAAUGAAAAAAUAGCUGAUGCAGUUCAAAAAGGCUACAAAAUAUUUAUCAGGAGGGCACCUCUUCCUCUAACGACAAAAUCGUUAAGAUCUUCAUCCAAAAGCGGACCUCAAAUAAUAGAUGAAUUGAAUGGCAGAUUUGAUUACGCCUGGCACAAACCAACAAGAGAUAUCUAUUAACUACAAACUAACUCAAAAGUCAUAUUUGUACAGUAAAUAUUUAAAUUAAAAAGUUUGUCAUGUGUGAUAUGUACUAGUGUAUAGAUAGUAGAUUAUUUCAAUAAAUAUCGCUUAAAACAAAAAACAAUAACUUGUCUUAUUGACUAGAAAGUGAAAAAAUUGUAUAAAUACCAUUGAAAGUGUAGUAAUGAUAUAUUGAAUUUAUCCGAUGAUAUUUGGAAGUUAACUAACUAAAUGUAGAUUAUUUCUACUAGUAAAGUUGAACAUUGAUUUGUUUUAUACAGUAAAUCUUGUUUAAUCAUUUUAAAAGUGGGUAAAGGGGGG